AUGCACGCUCGAGCAGACACGAAUACCAACACGAUAAUCUUAACCGAGGAUGAAAGGAGUGAAAGGAAUGGAUAUAGCAGCCCAAAGAAGAGGUUAAUGGUAUCUCCGAGUGCGUACAGGUCUACAUAUGUUGUUGUUCUGUUGCUGUCUCUCUCACCGCGCUCCUGCUUUGGGUCAGAGAGCAGAGCCUCCUCAUGGGUCCUCCCUGCUGUUUUUGGCGCGGCAUGGCAUCUGCUGACUAACACCACACUACAGACCGAUACACUUUUCGUGGUCGAAACGCUCCCACGGGGCUUUUUUGGCUCAAAGUUGAACCCCUCGAAUAUCGCAUCUUUCGCCCAUAUCUUCAAGAGUCCACCACCAAAUUCCACCAUAACCAUCAUACCUUCCGAAUUCCACAUAUUUUGGGAGCUUGCAAGGCCCCGCAAACAGGAUUUUGAGGUUGUUUUGGUCCGGAAUCCACCCUGCACCAAUGUCUCCGGCAGACUUUUGCAAUCCCAUCUUGAAGCUAUCAACAUGCAAGCUCCCAGGGAUCGACGUCAGGGACAAGGUGCGGCUCAAAAAACAAGCUUAUCGUCCUUAGGGUUUGCCGGUCGCCUGUCACUCCACUCCACUCCGCAUCCCACAACAGCGCGCGCCUCGGGGCGGCUCUCCCAUGGCACUGGAGGGUUUUUUCAGGGUUCGCAGGGGGGGAAAGAAGGCGAUGAGAUGAUCAGAGUUAGCACGGAAAUCCUGCCAUCUACCGGCUAUCGAUUUCCCAUCACCGACUCCUCAAUGCGAACGAAGACUGUGAAGGAACGGGCUCAAAAUGUGCCAAAGCCUCCCCUGGGCCGCGGCAUGUAA